UAUUCCGGAAGAAGGGAAGGUUUACGUAAAGUCACCUAAGAGCUCCGAACCUCCGAGCUGUUUUGAAGGCGGCAUUAAACUCAUCUAGCCUCCCUGUUGGGUACAGCAGCUAGUCGUUAACUGCACUGUUUUGACAGGCUUGGUCCUGACAUGUUUUAAGCUGAGCCACUAGAUCUGCAGCGAUGUCGGGGUCCCAGUGGGAGUUGCCCCCGGAGCUGUGCUGUCGGCCCAUGGCCUUCGUGGCGCUGACCGGCUUGGACGUGACCUACAACGCCGUGCACCGCGCCAUCUGGGACGCCUUCUGCGCCAACCGCCGCGCCGACCGGGUGCCCAUCUCCUUCAAGGUCCUCGCCGGGGACCACGAGUACCCCAAGUGUCGCACCAAGAGAACCUCCUAUGAGUGGUACAUCCCCAAAGGCAUCCUGAAGACGGGCUGGAUGAACAAGCACCUGAACCUGGUGCCCGCCCUGGUGGUCCUGUUCUACGAGCUGGACUGGGACGAUCCGCAGUGGAAGGAGAAGCAGUCAGAGUGUGCCACUAAAGUAGAGAUAGUCAGGACCAGUCUACAAGGAAGGAACACGAAAGUUGCAGUCGUUCUGAUCCAGAAGAAAACCCCUUUGCCCCCUGGAGAGGACUUGGUAGCAUCCGAGAGGGCAUCGUCUCUGUGUAACGCCUGUGACCUGUCUGGAAAGAGCCUGUUUGUCCUGCCUCACACAGACCACCUGGUGGGAUACAUUAUCAGGUUGGAGAACGCCUUCUACGAACACGCACAGACGUACUACUACACAGAGAUCCGCAGAGUCAAGUCCCACAAGGAGUUCCUGAACAAGACCACACACCAGCUGCUGUUUGUCAGGCACCAGUUCAAGAUCGCCUUCUUCAGCGAACUCAAACAGGACACCCAGAAUGCACUCAAAUACUACAGGACAGCCUACAGCCUGGUACAUGAGCUCCGAGCCCACGAGACGAACAUGUUGGAAAUCAAAACAAUGGCUGGAUUUAUCAACUACAAGAUCUGUCGACUGUGCUUCCAGCACAACACCCCACUGGACGCCAUCGCCCAGUUCAGAAAGCACAUCGACCUGUGCAAGAAGAAGAUAGGCAGCGCUGACCUGGCCUUCGAGCACACCGCCUGGAUGUCCAAACAGUUCCAGUCCUUUGGGGAGCUGUUUGACGAGGCCAUCAAGCUGGGCCUGACAGCCAUCCAGACCCAGAACCCUGGCUUCUAUUACCAGCAGGCCGCCUGCUACAGCCAGGACCGCAAGCUCACUGCUCAGCAGCUCUGUCAGGCUGGGGCCGUCUGUCCCACCCCCGACGCCCUGGACACGCCCACAGGGGGGCUGGACUUCUACGGCCAGAGAGCCUGGAGACAAGGACACCAGAGCAUCGAUCCACCGGACCCAGAGAAAGAGAGGACGGGAAUACUGGCCCUUCAGAUCAAAGAGAGAGACGUCCCACAUUCAGAGUUGAUCAUUGCGCUCCUCAGCAACGCCGUGGCCCAGUUUAAGAAGUACAAGUGUCCCCGGAUGAAGAGCCACCUCAUGGUCCAAAUGGGGGAGGAGUACUACCAUGCCAAAGACUACACCAAAGCCCUCAAGCUCCUGGACUACGUGAUGUGUGACUACCGUACCGAGCGCUGGUGGGCCCUGCUGACGGCCAUCUUGAGCACGGCCCUGCGCUGCGCCUACCUGAUGGCCAACGUCAAGGACUACAUGACCUACUGCAUGGAGCUGCUGGGCAGAGCCUCCACCUUGAAGGAGGAGCAGAAGUCCCGGAUAGAGAAGAACCUCCUCAAAGUCCUGAAGAACGAGGUCCCGGACGCCGAGCCGGACUGUGAGCCCAGCGGGUCCAGUGCCGCCGCCGCGCUCUGGAAGGACCGCAUGGCGCUGUCGGGCUCCAACGAGUUCAGCAUCGAGGUUCAGGACUACGUCCCCUUCAUCCAGUGUAAGGCGCGCUUCCUGGCUCCCAGCUUCCAUGUGGACCAACCGAUCCAGCUCCAGGUCUUCCUCCGGGCUGACUGUCCCCAUCCCAUCAGCUUCAACAAGCUGUCCGUUAGCCUCAGUAACCAGAGCUACAACCAGUGGUGUGUGGUCGAGGCGUCAGGCCAGGAUACAAUGCUCCUCACCCCUGGGGAGACCAGCUGCUUCAGCUUCAACUUCGUAGCCAAGACCCAAGACGUGGGCAAGAAGAUCGAGAUGACGGGCAUAGAGCUGAUGCUGGGCAGCGGCCGCUGGGUGUUCCUCAGCUGGAGGGGGGCGGGGGGCGACGCCGCCUCCGCCCACGAGGCCCUGCAGGCCAGCCGCUCGGCCCGACCCCGGGGCCCCGGGUCAGGGGCCCGGCCGGAGGGGGCCUGGGACGCCCUGACCAUACAGCACAGCACCAUGAUCAUCUCCAGAGUUCCCAAGAUCUCUGUCCAGCUCAGCCACCAGCCCCCGGCCCUGAACAACGAGAUGUACUGCAUCACCCUCAGCAUCCAAUCACAGGAGGAGGGCGUGGCCAGAGAGGUCCGGCUCACCGCCGGCCUCAAGCCCGGUCAGGAUGCCAACCUCAGCCAGGCCACCCAUGUGACCCUGGACCGCGGGCAGGUGUGUGACGCCAGCGACCCCGCCCUGCUCCCAGAUAUACCGCUCGGGGAUCUGAACCCAGGCCACAAGGUGGAGCAGCGUGUGUAUGUGAGGUGUGUGUCGACAGGGCCCAGGGUCUUCCUGUUCCAUGUGGCCUACAGCAUCAACACCAGUGUGGACGGACAGGAGAUCGACUGCAACUGUCACAAGGAUGAGACCAUCGCCAUAGAGACCGUGGAGCCCUUUGAAGUUUCCUCCAAGUUCGUGUCGACCAAGUUGGAGCCCCUGGACCGCGUGGUGGUGGACAUCCCCUUCGUGCUGAUGACGGACCUCCUGUCCUCCUCCCCCUGGCCCCUGCUCCUCCACUCCUCCUCCCUCCAGCUGGUCACCAUGGCGACCUGCACCCCCCACCCCCAGUCCCAGCUGGAGCAAGUGGUUCUCCAAACGGGGGAAUGUGCCAGCGAGUGUUUCUGCCUCCAGUGCCCGUCGGGCGCUGAGGCCAACGGCACCGUGGCCACGGGGCAGUACGUGAUCUCGUGGAGGAGGGAGUCUUCUAGUCUGGACACUCCUCUGGUCCACACCACCGUCCCUCUGCCACACAUCCCCCUGGAGAACAUCCCGCUGUACAUACACGCUGAGCUGCCCUCGUUCGGCCGCGUGCGAGAGACCCUCCCCGUGCGCUACCACAUCGAGAACAGGACCGCCCUCGUCCAGCAGGUGGAGAUGGCCGUCGAGCCCUCUGACGCCUUCAUGUUCUCCGGCCUCAAACAGGUGCGUCUCCACAUCCUGCCCGGUGCAGAGCAGCAGAUGCUGUAUAACUACUACCCCCUGAUGGCGGGCUACCAGAGCCUCCCCCAGCUCAACAUCAGCCUGCCGCGCUGCCCCGCCACCGACACACACACGCUGCGCCGCUUCCUGCCCCAGCGCAUCUUCGUCAAGCCCCAAGGUCGAGAGCUGGACGACGCGUCCAUCGCUGCAGCCUGACGGCCUGGCACCAAGAGACAAACAUUCCCUGCUCCGCGUCCAACUACAAAUACAGAGGAUUGAUUGGAGAUUUCUUGUUCAUUUGGCUUUUGUUAGCCACUGCUCUUGCACAGAUUUUAAGUAUAGAAUGGACAAGGCAGUUUUGUGUGUGUGUGUGUGUGUGUGUGUGUGUGUGUGUGUGUGUGUGUGUGUGUGUGUGUGUGUGUGUGUGUUAUAUUGUUGUCGUGUUCCAGAUGAUUUGAGUGUGGAUCUAUUGGUACAAUAUUGAUGCAUCUCAAAAUGAGAAACGUUUAUUCUCACCUAUUUAGGAUUAGCCAUUAGUUGACAGUUUAUUUAAUGUGAACUAAUUAUCGCAGUCAACAUUGCCCUGAACCAAUAACCAUUGAAUGCUUAAUGCAUAUAUUAGUAAUGACAUAUUAAUUGCAUAUUUGAUUAACAAUAAGAACAUCUGUACUAUUACUUUAGUAACGCGGAUGAGAAAAUGUGUCUGACUACAGUAUGUUCAAUAAAAUAAUCCACUCA